GAACGCUUCCUCCAUCACUUAAGGAAACAAUUUUCGCUCCAAAAGUUUCAGCGGGUUGAAGAGCAUAAAGAUUUGCUAGAACAGAAUAAGAGAACUGGAAUCUCAUCGUGGCCAUGUGAGGUUAUGGGUCGAGUAACCUCCUUUGAACGUCCUUCUACUGUCUAUCUCAUGAAUUAUUUUGUAGGAAUGCUAGGCGCAUCCAUGAUCAAUGAGGAAAUACGAACCAUUGAAACCGAACCAGCUAUAAUGAAUUGUUAG